AAGCGCUCGAUUUGUUAUACAGCGUCUACCUGUUUUUUCCAUAGCGUCUACGACGGUCACUCCGCCCGCAGUCUGCUGAGGACAGCACGAAUAUAGAAAACAAGCGCCCACGGCUCAGCUAGCUAGCAGGUACGUUAGCAGACCUUUACUUGGUUUUGUCAUGGCGGAAGGUAGCAAUAACGUUAACGUCAGUCCGGGCAACCUUCCACCGGGAGACCCGCAGCUCAUCGGUAUGAUCGUGGAGCAUCUGAAGAACCGUGGGCUUUUUGACGAGUUCCGUCGAGACUGUAUCGCCGACGUUGAUACGAAGCCUGCCUAUCAGAACCUGCGACAGAAAGUUGACAACUACGUCACGUCGCACCUGAGCACACAGGACUGGAACCCGUCCAUCAACAAGAACCAGAUGCGGAACGGACUGAGACAAAGUGUUGUCCAAUCGGGUAUGCUGGAGUCCGGUGUGGACAGGAUCAUCACUCAGGUCGUCGACCCCAAGAUGAACCACACUUUUCGGCCGCAUAUAGAAACUGCUAUCCAUGAUUUCUUGUCGGGGGAGAGGAGGGAGGAGAACGUGUUGAGUUGUAAUUCUGCACCGUCUGAGCAGACAGAACUACAGGAGGCUCCACCUGCUUCUGGGCCCAAAACCCCCCCUUCAUACCGCGGAAAAUACUUUACAGCAGAAACUCCUCUGCAAGGCUGCGCCCGCCCGUGCUGCUCCAACCUAUACAACGAACAAACGAUACAAACCAAAAACUCGAAUACAAAGCUUCGGUCAGUCGAAAGCAUGCAGGCGAACGUGUCCGCUGUGUUUGUUCUGCUCCUGGCCUGUCAACAGGUGCUGACCACGGAUCUGCAUGAUGUCCACGAGAAACAAGUGAGCCAAGUCAAAAAGCGCCUGUCCCUGCAGAGCACAGCGGAGAUUCAGAGUUGCCUGGUGAGUUCAGGGGAUGUCGGCUGUGGGACGUUUCAGUGUUUCAACAACAAUUCCUGUGAAAUCCAAGGGCUGCACCACAUCUGUCUCACUUUGCUGCACAACGCCGGGCGCUACGACUCACAGGGAAAGUCAUUUGUGAAGGAAGCGUUGCGGUGCAUGGCGCUGGGACUGCGGCAGCGCUUCAGCUGUGUGAGCCGCCGGUGCUCAGCGGUAAAAGAGAUGGUGUUCUCGCUCCAGAGAGAGUGUUACUCCAAACACCAGCUCUGCCUGGCACCACGAGACCACAUGGAUACCAUGGGCAACCUGGUCCAGUUCCACCUGAUGUUUCCCUCGGGACCUUAUGUGGAGCUGAUGAACUUCCUGUUGAAGUGUGGCGACACGGUCGGGAUGUGGGUCGGCCAGCGGCUGCGCAGGCAGUGCGAGCAACACUGGGGAGCUCUGUGCAGCAGCUUCGGCAGCACCUGCUCUCUCAGCCAAGCAGACGCUCUGCAGCACACCACCGCCCCACCCCCCACUGUGUCCUGGCCCAUCACCAAUCGAGGACCCCUGCAGCAGCCGACCAAAGCGGCCGAACCAGAGGACAGGAACGGGCUGAGUCAGAUCGACAACGCCACCGAAUUCGGUCUCCUCAUGUCUGAGAAAACCAAUGUUACUGCUGUAUAAACAGACAGGCAAAGGUGCAGACAGGGUACACAAAAGUCAUGCACGUAUUACUAUUAUAAUAGUAGUAGUUUAGUAACCAUAACUUAUUAAAUCUGUAAUAUUUUUUACAAGGAUGAAAACCAUUUAUCUACCUCACUUCAACAUCACAGUGAACCACAGUGGCUGCAUCCUGCAGUGAAAACACAAGUAAACGCCACAGGGAUUUUAUUCAAGCGCAGCUGAUGGCUCAAAGUCAGUAUUCUACUAUUUAAAUCUGUUUUUUUGUAUUUAUGAGUAUCGUUUUAUUAUGCACCGUGAAGUGGACAUGCCAUCAAACGUCACCUUGUAGACAGUCAGGGUUCAGUCUGCAGCAAGGAAAGCCCUCUUCUGUUACGUUAUAAAUAUGUAUUUUUGAUGCUCUACUUGACUCACAUUUCAUACAGACCACAGGU